UUUGUAGUGUGAGAAUUUUCUCAUCUCUCUUCUUCUAUCCAUAUAAACAUCAGAAGAGCGCGCUAACUAAAGGAUUAGCACAGAAGACACAAUUUAUUGCAGUUUCGGUGGGGAUUGGCAUUGAAGUAUUGAACAACUGUUGAAGAGAGAAAAGGCAUUUAACAAACUCAGAGCGAUGAAAACGACGAGUAGUUUCAAGAUGAGUGACAACGUCUUCUGCGGAUAGAAUCAAAAUUCCUUUCUUCUUCGUUCUUCUUUUCGGUUUUUCCAAAUUCGGCAAAAGAUUGCGUGCAAUAGUUAUCACCAACGUCAUCAUGAUGGCAUUGGGAAGUGGAAUAUACGUUGCUCACUCCGUGGCUUUCAGAUCAGAGCUUCAACGGAUGGCACCUGACCACAUUGGUUCUUCCACUUCUUCUCGUCAAAGGGACAUUGUUUUCAUCGUCAAUCCUCUAGGUGCUAAUGGGAGGACGGGUAAAGAAUGGAGGAAGCUAGUUCCGUAUCUCCGGUCUCGCCUCGGUAAAGAUUGCAAUAUAUGUGAAUCCAUAACAUCAGGUCCUUGUCAUGCUAUUGACAUAACGAGAGAGGCUAUAAGGGAGGGGGCUGAUGCUGUCAUUGCUGUUGGAGGUGACGGAACCCUUCAUGAGGUUGUUAAUGGAUUUUUCUGGGCUGGAAAACCUGUUGUUAGUCAAGUGAAAGACUCUACGCGUUCACGUUCAACUGCUCUUGGUCUCAUCCCCUUGGGAACUGGUUCUGAUUUCGCAAGAACAUUUGAGUGGAAAAAUGAUCCCCAUGAGGCUAUUGAACGUGUUGCUAGAGGGUUGAGAUCAAGUAUAGAUGUAGGUGUUAUCACCGGGGAGGAUUGCGAUCAUCACUACUUCAUAAAUGUUGCUGACGUUCACUUGAGUGCAAAGGCGGGUUUUUAUGCUUCUAGGUACAAGAGAUUUGGCAACCUGUGCUACAUCAUUGGUGCCUUGCAAGCCUUCAUUGGGCAUCAGAACCAGGAUCUCAGAAUCAGGUUCAAUGAUGGUCCGUGGGAGACAUGUUCUGAAGUGACAGCCCUUUGCAUUGGAAAUGCAAAAUACUUUGGUGGAGGCAUGAAAAUUACACCAAAUGCUGAUCCGUUCAGUAGAAAUUUAGAGGUUGUGAUUCUUCAGAACUUCAAGUGGUAUGAUUUUGUGUUGAAAUUACAUAGGCUAUACAGUGGGACACAUCUCUCGGUUAAAAAUGUAUCUGAUAGAAGUGUACUUUCUAUUGAGGUGGAGGACAUAUCAGGCAAGGGUGGUAUUUAUAUUCAAUCUGAUGGGGAGCAUUUGGGGUUCCUUCCAAAAAAGAUUAGUGUUCUGCCUGCUGCCAUUGAGAUGAUACUGUGAUUUGACUGGAGAAUGACUAAAUCUAUGAAAUAGAGAUGAUGUUGUUCAUUCCUUGUAAUUUGCCAGAUUUAGUAUGGCAGAAAGAGUUUGUUUUUAUCAGAGUAGGCUUCUGACAUGUUUUGCUGUGGUAUGAGGAGACUAAUUGUAAUUUUGAAUCAGCAAUGUAUUGUCACAGAAUUUACUUUCAA